AUGCUGAUAGAUCAACCAUCGCCUCAAAAGAAAUCCAGUUUUUCAAUGACUUUUCGCGAAGGUCCAAAUAAACUCGGAUUUUUCGUUCCAUUUCAGUUAAUUUCAUCAAAUUUCAAUGAACAGAUUAUAUUUGUAGGAUCUGUAUAUAAUGAAGGCAAAUCUCGUAGUUUUACAGGCGUUUUUGACUUAAAUGUACUUACACCUUUCAGUAUGGUAACAAUGACAGAAGCAAUAAACGAUACAAACCUUCUUCUUAAAGUAACCAUUACAAAUAAUGCAGAAUUCGAACUCAGAGAUAUUUAUUUAGAAAUUACUCCAACUCCUAACUUUAUUUUCAAAGAAUCGUGUCUAAAGAUAGCUGACGUGAUGGAGCCAAAUGGUAUCAACUCAUCUGUCUUCGAAAUCGAAAGACAAGGAAAUGAAAUUUUAAAUGCAACAGAAAUAGGAAAUCUCAAGGUUAAAUUCAUGUUAAAUAGUUCUAAAUACGAAUACAAUCAUUUUACUCCUAUUAUUACUGAAGCAAUUAGUAAAAGAAAUUCUCCAAUUUUAUUUAAAUGGAUGAACUAUGACGAUGUCCAAUCAGUCCUCCAAGGAUUCACAGUAGACCUUGAAGUAACAAAUUCUUGCAAUGAAGAAAGGUCUUUUGUCAUUCAAAUCGCUACAGAUACAACAAAUCUUAUGCCAAGCGGUAUUUCUUCGUUUAACGUUGAGAAACUUCCUUCCAAAGCAAAAACAACUCUCCAAGUCAAUCUUAUGGCAUUAAAACGCGGAUUUUUCGUAUUUCCGAGAAUAUUUGUUCAAGGGCUUCCUGAAGGAGAUUUUACUGUAGAAAUACAAAAUGGAAUCAUGGCAACAGACUAA